AUGGAUUUUGAUACAUGGAUCUUGCAUGCCUUUUCUGGAAUUCCUGGUACGCAAAAUGACAUUACAGUCCUUGGGCGUUCACCACUGUUUGAUGCGCUCACUGAAGGUCAGUCACCACAAUUAGACUAUCACAUCAAUAAUCAUCGUUAUAACAUGGGUUACUAUCUCGCUGAUGGCAUCUACCCUAAGUGGGCAACGCUUGUCCAAUCAAUCAAAUGCCCUCAAAAUGAAGCUGAAGCAUAUUUCACCACCAACCAAGAGGCCUUCUGCAAAGACGUUGAAAGGGCAUUUGGUGUUCUCCAGGCAAGAUGGGCAAUCAUUAGACAACCUACAAGAGGGUGGAGUUUGAAAAAUUUGUCCAGUCUCAUUCUGGCAUGCAUUAUCCUUCAUAAUAUGAUUAUUGAGGAUGAACGUGCCGAUUAUUACAAUGGCGAGUCUGAUGAUGACAAACCGGAUCCAAAUAGGUCCAGAAGAGCUCGAGCCCACACCAUCAUGAAGUUUUCAUCAAGAGAGUCUGCCACUUGUCUGUAA